ACAAACUCGAUAUAAUUGCAGUAGAAAAACCGAUUCGUGUAGAGAAAAUUCAAAACCCCACCCACCCCGUCGGUGGUCGCCACCACAAACAACACCCUGCCCAUGAUUUCACGCGGAAGCUGCUGCAAACUCAUCCUGGCCCUGCUUUCAAUUACUGCAAAAAAGUCACAAAUGAAAGUCUUCAAAAAACAUCACCAAAAAGACGUGUCGGGACCAAGUUCUCCCCGGAACAUUUAGGAAAAAAAUCAUCUUCCAAACGAAGUCUUCUACUCUUUCUUACACCAACGAUACAAUGAAGGCUGCUACCAGAUUGUUACAACGUGUUCCUCUUAUAAAGUUUGUCGGGGGUCCACACCAAGCUCCAGCACAAAUCUCCAACGCCGUUAAACAGCAUCCAUGUGCACCAGAGGGCUUGGUCCCAGGAAAGGGAGAAGUGAUCAAGAGCACUCCAUACUUCAAUUCCAACUCCAUUGAGCCCAAGGACGGUGAAGUUUUCUCCAGAUCCCAAUUGUCUCCAAGAUUCAGAUACACCUUCCCCAAGGAAGAUGAAGCAGAGAGCAUCAUCAGCGGGGGUGCCAGCAUUGUCUUUUAGGUAUAUAUAAUAUAAGUUUAUUGAAUAGUGAUGUGCUGUAAGUAUGUACUGUAAGUAUGUACUGUAAGUGUGUACUGUAAGUGUGUAAGUAGUGUAUG